AUGUCUCUCAAGAGAAAGAGAAAUGGUGACCAACUUGUGGAGAGAAUUGUUUCCAUCCUUCGUUCACAGGAAAAUUCUGAAGAGUUUGAUUAUUCCACAAUAUUAGAUAAAGUCUCUGAACAAUUAAAAAAGAAAAAGAAAUCGGAAGAAAAACCACUAACCAAAUUAACUGGUGAUGAAUGGUUAUUAAUUUAUUCAUUUGCAGGUUAUGAAAAUUUAUUUUACAAUCAAAUUUACAAAAUUAAUCGUCAAAUGAUGGAGAAAAUUUAUGAAAAUUCCUUAUUUUGGAAAACUUUGUUUAAUUUAAUGUGGAAAUAA